AUGAAGCAUUUCAUGGCGUUAUUAGUCAAUGACGACUAUAAAGUUUGCAACAUAAUAACACAAAAUUGUGAAUCUAAACAAUUCUUGAAUGAUUUUAUACAAAGUGACUAUCACAUCAUCAACGCCAUUCACUUGAGCCUAAGUUGGCACCUGCUGAGUUUCCCCAUGCGCGGUAUUAAACGCUAA